CCCCAUUCAAGUUAACAAUGCCAUUUGAAUAAGCCAUGACUUUGAUGUCCUUUAAUUGAUUACCCAUGUCCUGCGUUGUAAAAUGACCGAUAAUGUGCGAACCAUUUUUCAGCGCCAACUAAUGACUCCCUAAUGACCUACUUAUGGCUCCCCAUGUGAUGAAUGGCAAAACUAUAAAUACUGGGCUAAUUGGCCUGACCUAAAAAGCCUAUAAAAUGCAUAAAAUGGCCGGGGACUUAAUGAAAAACGCCAGUUUUCAAGAUGGCACCAACUAGCCCGCAAAUAUAUAGUUUGAUAACCAAGUUUACGGCUCUCAAUGGACUAAAUACAUACUAUUUUAAUGUGGCGAGGAACGUUUUCAAGGGCACCUGGGAGCUGAAGAUAUACUGCCUGAUCCACCACAUUCUCUGCGUUUUGGCCCUGGGAUGGAUGUUCUACAUGACCGCUGGUAAUAUGAGGAUUUGUGUGACGGUUCUUACGAUGGGUGGGACUUCGGUCUUCUGCAUGCAGUUCUGUUGGCAAAAAACCCAGGGCAUUCGAAAAUUGGCCAAGGGGUUAAUCAAGAUGGAGCAGAGAUAUUUCACAGGGAAGCCAAGCGGAUCACUUUUAAAGUACCGAUUUUACAUGAAAAUCCUCUUUGUUUUGAUAACCCUGCUGCGCGUCCAUCUCUUUUACCCCAUGUAUCUGCGCCAACAGUUACCAUCCCAAUUUUAUCUGAAUUUGGUAUCCUCUUGGCUGAUCUACAACAUGCUUUUGGCAGCUGUUCUACUACUUUACGUUUUCGUGUGGCAAAUGAGUCGCAUUCAAAAGCUAAUCAAUGAGCAAAUGACACUGAUUUUAACCAGGUCCAGAGUGAGAAAUCGCCUGAAGAAAAUGCAGCACUGCUUCAAACUCUAUUCAAAACUUCUUAAGCUAUGCGACCAGUUGAACUUUGAGUUUGCAUAUAUUUCGGUGUGCGUUCUGGCCUGCAAGAGUUGGUUCCAAAUAACCUACGGCUACGAGAUCUACCAGAUACUGGCUGCUCCGAAAUCUUUGGAUUUGAGCGUGGCGAUGAGAGUGUUCGUAAUACUUAGCUACAUUUUGGAUGCACUCAAUCUUUUUGUUGGCACAGACAUUGCAGAUAUUUUCGCAAGUUUUAGAGCUGACUCACAGCGCAUUCUACGCGAGACAAAUCGCAUGGAUCGAUUGCUCUCCAUGUUCACCUUGAAGCUGGCCCUCUAUCCCAAGCAGGUCGUCUUUCUCAACGUGUUUACCCUGGACCGAAAGCUGACUCUGGCGCUUAUUGCCAAGUCGACGUUGUACACAAUCUGCUGGCUGCAAGGCGACUACAACAAACUGAAGGCAUAGACCGUCGAAUCCCCAUUCAAAGCAAAUCCUCCGCUUCUAUAGGUUUGUUAUACGAGGCACAAGAGUUUGUCUGGACGGCGGGCACAAAGCAAAAAACCAAGGCACAUGCACAACUCGAACCAAGCCAGUACAAACAUUUACAUAUAUGUGUAUUCAGUAAAUAUAUAAUGGAAAAAUCAACGACAAUGCAUCCAAAACCGGAGCCACAAACCAAGGAGCUGUGCACAAUGACGAUUGGUUGGGUGAUGACGAUGGGGAUGAGGAAGGCUUGGCUAAGGUUGCACAAUAGUCAAAAAGUAGAUACUAUAUUAUGGAUACGAACAUUUUACUACCCUGUGCAAAGUUAAACUAAGUUUAUCUGAUAAUGUUUGCCUUUAAUUAAACCUUAAAUGACCGAGUUUCGGAAGUAGUUAGCUAAGCAAAAUGUGUAUAAAUGCCUCUACUUUACCAAAAUUAACUGAGGCACUGUAAGCACUUUAAAAACUCGUAUCCAAAGUAAAGUUAUGUCGUUUCCUGUAACUACACAUUUUUCAUUUAAUUAAAAUAUGAAUGUUUUAUAACUCUGCUUUCUGUUAUUUUAUUUACAAAGUUUCUGUUUCGUGCGCUUUUUGUUUCUUUCCCGGAACCUUUCAAGCCAUUCCAGGGUAUUUUCCACCACAUCCGGCGACAACAAUGGACUUACUUUGUGCAGGUGUAUUGCUUCUAUGUCAUUGUGUAUUUGAUGCCAGAGAGUGAACAUUUUAAUUUGAUUUGCCGUGAAUGAAAACCAUCUGCAGGUGCGGUGUGAAAAUUGUCGAGCAAAUAACGAUGAAGGGGGAAAACCGAAUGAAGGCGGGUGAGAAAUCAAAGGAUAAACAAAACUUACUUGUGGA